UUCUGAUUUUUUUUUUUUUUCGGAAACCAACAAGCAUGACGCGCAAGUUCUUUGUCGGUGGCAACUGGAAGCUCAACGGCACCCGCGAUUUCGUCGAGACGUUUGUGCCUAUUCUGAACGCCAGCCCCUCCGAGAACGUCGAGGUCGUUGUUGCGCCGCCUUCGCCGCUGAUUGCGCUCGUCCGUGGCCGCCUGCGUGAGGACUGGGGCGUCUCUGCUCAGAACUGCUGGAAGGUCGCUGCCGGUGCCUUCACUGGCGAGAUCAGCGCUGAACUCGCCAAGGAUGUUGGUGCCAAGUGGGUCAUUCUUGGUCACUCUGAGCGUCGCACCAUCUUCCACGAGUCGGACGAGCUCAUCGCCGAGAAGGUCGCUCAUGCGCUUGCGAUCGACCUCAAGGUGAUUGCUUGCAUCGGCGAGACUCUUGCUGAGCGCGAGGCUGGCCAGACCCUUGACGUCGUUUACCGUCAACUCAAGGCCAUUGCUGGCAAGGUUUCGAACUGGUCGGGUGUUGUCAUUGCCUAUGAGCCUGUCUGGGCUAUUGGUACCGGCAAGGUUGCCACUCCUGCUCAGGCGCAAGAGGUGCAUGCGGCUCUUCGCACCUGGCUCACCAGCAAUGUGUCUGUGGACGCUUCCAGCUCAACUCGCAUCAUUUACGGUGGUUCUGUCACUGCCGACAACUGCAACGAGCUGGCCAAGCAGGGCGACAUUGAUGGCUUCCUUGUCGGCGGCGCCUCGCUCAAGCCCGAUUUCGUCAAGAUUGUCAACGCAAAGCUCUAAAAACAGAAGCCCCGAAACCGCGUUGAUGGUUGAAACAUUGUCGUUUGGCUGGCAUGUUCCCAAUACAGUUAAAAAUGAUGAUGAAGGAAGGAAGAAGGAAAGGUAGGAACGAACAAGUUCAAUUGAAAUUCAUGGAGAACAAGGUUUAUCGCUUCUUGUACAGGCAUGGCUUAAGCAUGUCCUUGUACUGCUGAAUGUUUUGCUUGCUGACGGUCGACGCCCGAGGGGUCUUGAUAAACUCCAUCACAAUAAAGACAUUGUUGGUGCCA